CGCUCCUCCUCCCACCCCUCACCGCUGCCGCUGCUGCUUGCUGCUGCUUACUGCUGCACUAACCGCGGCGUCCGCGCCUCAGGGUUACUGACUUAUUCUUGAGACGCCUCUCUCUCAUCUGUCCUCAUGGAUGAACUUCAGGAUGUUCAACUCACAGAGAUCAAGCCACUUCUGAAUGAUAAGAAUGGUACACGAAACUUCCAGGACUUUGACUGUCAGGAACAUGACAUAGAAACAACUCAUGGUAUGGUCCAUGUCACUAUAAGAGGUUUACCAAAGGGAAACAGACCAGUCAUCCUGACCUAUCAUGACAUUGGGCUGAACCAUAAAUCUUGUUUCAACACGUUCUUUAACUUUGAAGAUAUGCAAGAGAUCACCCAGCACUUUGCUGUCUGUCAUGUGGAUGCCCCAGGCCAGCAGGAAGGUGCACCCUCUUUUCCAACAGGGUACCAGUAUCCCACAAUGGAUGAGCUGGCUGAAAUGCUGCUUCCUGUUCUUACCCACUUAAGUCUGAAAAGCAUCAUUGGGAUUGGAGUUGGAGCUGGAGCCUACAUCCUCAGCAGAUUUGCACUCAAUCAUCCUGAGUUAGUGGAAGGCCUUGUGCUCAUUAACGUUGACCCAUGUGCUAAAGGCUGGAUUGACUGGGCAGCUUCCAAACUCUCAGGUUUGACAACCAAUGUUGUGGAUAUUAUUUUGGCUCAUCACUUUGGGCAGGAAGAAUUGCAGGCCAACCUGGACUUGAUUCAAACAUACAGACUACAUAUUGCCCAAGAUAUCAACCAAGAAAACCUACAGCUCUUCCUGGGUUCCUAUAAUGGACGCAGAGACCUAGAGAUUGAAAGACCCAUACUGGGCCAAAAUGAUAACAAAUUAAAAACAUUAAAGUGUUCUACUUUAUUGGUGGUAGGAGACAAUUCACCUGCUGUUGAGGCUGUGGUUGAAUGCAAUUCUCGUCUCAACCCUAUAAAUACAACUUUGCUAAAGAUGGCAGACUGUGGGGGACUGCCCCAAGUAGUUCAGCCCGGGAAGCUCACCGAGGCCUUCAAGUACUUUUUGCAGGGAAUGGGCUACAUCCCGUAUGUGCAGCUCAGUCACCUCAGCACCGAGUCAGUACCAUCUGCCAGCAUGACCCGGCUCGCCCGAUCCCGAACCCACUCAACCUCGAGUAGCAUUGGCUCUGGAGAAAGUCCCUUCAGCCGGUCUGUCACCAGCAAUCAGUCAGAUGGAACUCAAGAAUCCUGUGAGUCCCCUGAUGCCCUGGACAGACACCAGACCAUGGAGGUGUCCUGCUAAGCAGUUGCUCCUCCCYGGACCAUGCAAGUCUACCCUUCUUCAGACGACACUCCAUAAUAUAACAUUUCAUCCCGUAAACUGGCCUCCUCUAUCUUUAACUCAUGCAUGGCCACUGAACCUCUCCUAGUAAUCUGGAUUUAUCAUUCUCUGCCCACCUACCCUUUUUUUGUAUCUUCCAAGAACCACAUUCAUGCCAUUACUGUAACAUUCCAGCAUCUUUAGCUGAUCUGAUCUCCACAUCUUCUCUUGCCAGCUUUUUCCUAUGUUCCCCUAACGAUGUAUCUGAUAAGAUUCUUCUAUCCCAACUCCAUGUGUGUGCGAGCACGUGUGUCUGUGUUUGUGUGUGCAUAGUUCUGUGAUUUUAGACAUGCUUCCUUGUGGCGCUUCUGCAAAAAAAGAAAAAGGGAAUUUUUUUUUUGCAUUCCCAAUGGUGUUUUUGAGGAAAACGUGCAGAACAGAUAUUUAAGUGGGGAAGGCCACUAGAUUCUCAUCUGGUUCCAAAUUGGUCAACAAGAUUUGCAGAGUGAUUUCUGAAGAGAGCAGCUCUGAGGAAUGUGGAAAAGCAUAAUUACUGUUUGUACCAGUGAUUGAUUGUGACCAAUGGUAGAAGUGUUGCCUGUCACAUAGAGAGGUAGGCAAAGGGGCCAGCCACCUUCCUUUGUCCAAGUGGAUUCACAUAUGCAUCCUAUAAAGAAAAGGGCGGGAUAUAUCCUACUAGGAGCCCAUGAACAAUGAAGUUCUAAUACAACAGGGAGUUUACUCCAAAGCAGUGGCUUAAUUACUAGAUCUUAGCACAGAAAGGUGGAAAACAAAAUGCCAGGCCUCCGCUCUGCUGUUGCUGAGCAUCUGUUACCAUUUAUCAGACAUCUACACAUCUACAAGAAGUGCCUCCCAAGUCUGUGGUGGAGAGUGGUUCUCCAUUCCUCAGUCCCAAAAAAGGGAGAGGUAUGGCCGAAAAAUAUGGUGAGGACAUGAAAGGGCAAGAGCAAUGGCCAUUAACACAAUUUCAUGUUGAGUAACUGUAGCUAUGAUUUCAGCAGACUCAUGGAAGCCAAACUAAAUGGAUAUAGAACCCACUUCUGAGAAAGAUUCUUAGAGGGGGGAGGGGCCAGUCUGUAAGGGCAGUCACAUCCAGGUAAAAUUGUAGCCUCCAUCUGCUGUCAGCAAGGGGGUCACUGCUGGGAGGAGGGUGAGAUAACUGUGGAAAUCCAUGCCAUAAACAGGAGCCCAGCUCUCAGAAGCAGGAGAUGCAAGCUCAGGGUUACACAGUUCCGAAUCUUGAGAAGAGACUUUUCAGACACAUUGUUUGCUUUCUGCCAAGAUAAGGAAUGCAUCACUCUGCCAGAGUACAACUUUUUACAAAUUAUUAA